AUGAAACAUCUUCUUGCCCAGUUCCCAUUCAUCUUGGCUAUCUAUUGCCUCUGCCUGCUACAGAUUCCCUCUUCAGGAUUUUCUCAACAUUGGACUGAUCCUGCAGAUGGCUUGGAUAUUGUGAGGCUUGAGUGGCUGGCAUAUUGGGCAACUCUUUCUAGACAACCCAAGGAUAAUCAAGAUAUCUACAAAAGAUUUUUAUUUCACUACUCCAGAACUCAGGAGCCAACACCUCCAGUUAAAACUGGGUUUCCUCCUGUGCACCCUCUAAUGCGCCUGGCUGCGAAGCUCGCCAACCGCAGAAUGAAAAGAUUUCGGCAGCGGGAUUUGGGGGCAGCUGCAGGGGAUUUUAGCAAGAAGGAUCACGAUGCCACCUUGGGAAGACCAUUUUUCCUUUUCAGGCCAAGGAAUGGAAGAAAUCUUGACAUUAACACCUGGUAG